AUGAGGUGUUUUGCUCAUAUACUGAGUACGAUAGUGAAAGAAGGCUUAAAAGAUAUAAAUGAUUUCAUUGUUAAAAUACGUUCAGCUCUACGUUAUGUGAGGUCUUCUCUUGGAAGGUUGAGGCGGUUUAAGGAUUGUGUUGAACUAGAGAAUAUUGAGUCCAAGAGUCUUGUAUGUUUGGAUGUGGAGACUCGUUGGAACUCGACAUAUAUGAUGCUGGAGGCGGCUUUGAAGUUUCAAAAAGCUUUUUUCUUAUUGGAAAUUCAAGAUAGCAAAUUUGUUGAAGAACUGUCCAAGGCGAAAAGGUUGCCUACUAGUGAUGAUUGGAAUUAUGCCCGUCACCUUCUUCCUUUCCUGAAGUUGUUCUUUGAUACGACUUCAAAAGUUUCGGGUUCUUCUUAUGUCACUAGUAAUAAUUUGGCAAAUGAUGUCUAUGGGCUUUUUGGGAUGAUUAAUGAAUAUUGUGAGAAUGAAGAUAAAAGUUUGCAGGAAAUGGCUAAAAGAAUGAUGACCAAAUUCAUUAAGUAUUAUGGCAAUGUGAACAAUAUCAAUCUUAAUUUGUUCAUUGCUUGCAUACUUGACCCUCGACAUAAGUGGGAAUAUGUGAAAUGGUUGAUUAAUGAUGUUUAUGAAAGCAAGCAAGCAGAAAUUUUACAUGAUAAAGUAACAUCAUCGCUAAUAUCAUUGUACGAGCAAUACUGCACUGGUAAAUGCCCCCAAGGCAACUUGAGAUUAAAGGGUACAAGGACAGUAAAUGUGUCAAAGUCUCCCGUGGACGGAGACGAGUUGUUUGGUCCACUCCGGAGAUUUGAUGCUCCCCCUAAUGACGGAGUAGGAGAGUGGGACCUCAUGGAGAUCCUUCCACCGGACGGAGUUGUUACUAGUCCGAACACCGGUCCUGAAGAUUCGGAUCCCGAGUCGGAGCCUAUGGAGUCUGACCCCAAGCCGGAGCCUAUUGAAUCCGAACCCGAGCCGUCCGACGACAUGGCUGAUCCAAGAUCGCCUGAGUAUUUCGAGUCCGAUCCGGGGAUGCCGCCUGGGUAUCGUGGCGGUGAAUGA